AUGUAUGCCGGAUGGGAUGAAUUUGAACCAAGCGAUUCAGAUAGCGAUGAGGAAGGAGCAAAGUUUGCUCUUCAUGACCAUAACAUUUGCUUUAUGGCCGAUGAAGAUGAGGCUGAGAGGUCUGAGAAGAAGAGGAGGAGACCGAGGAAGGUGGGCAACCAAGGCCCCUCUGAAAGUGCUGAAGCUUUGAGAGAGAAGGUUGGAGUUAUGAUGAAGAUGGAAACAUCGUCUUCUACACAGAGGGGUGUGAACCUGAGGAGUUAUUUAGUUCGAGGAGCUUUGGUGGAGCAAAAGGUAUUCGCGUGCUUAGAGGAUAUCUGGGAGAUCUACUUCAAGCUCCCAGAGAAACUAGAAGCUGAGAAGAAGCUACAAGAAGACCUCGAUCACCUAAAGCACGAGCUUCAUAUGCGAGAUGACACUAUAAGGUAUCUGAAGGAAGAGAUCAAGGUUGAGAGGCAGAAGAGUGCUAAUGCUUUUGAGCAGGCUCGUCUGGCUUGUUUAAAUGUUAAGGCCCUACAAAACCGGUUAGAGGAGGAGGAGCUCACUCAUGAGAAGUUGAGCCUUGAUAAGAAGUUGACGAACCAAGAGAUGAACUACAAAAUUCUUUGUUCUUUGACGCCGGUGUGGGAGCCUAAAGUUACGAUCACCAAGGAAGCUCAUGAUCUUACAACACUUACUCUUGAUGGUCUCAUUGGCAAGCCUAAGGUCCAUGAGAAAAAGAUCAAGGAGAAGGAGGAAGUAACCGAGGAGCCAUCUCAAAAAUUAAAGACUAUUGCGCUCAAAGGAGCAAUUGAUGACUCAUCCUCCUCGGAUAGUAAAGUCGAUGUCUCUAGAGAAGUGGCACACCUCUCUAGAAGGAUAUAA